CAUCCAGCCUCGCAGCCACUGCUGAACAUCCCAAAUUAUACAACUCAACUCUUAGAUACUAAUGUGCAGAACAGGAUCCCUGUAUCCCCACAAACUUCUCUCGAACAAAGAACUUAUACAAAUGUUUCUGGACCCCAACUCCCAAAUCUUAAUUUGCAAAAGUCAACCGGCAUUAUGCACAAUGUAUGGUUGAAUUCGCCCAUGACAAUUUCUCUGCCUUAUUCAGAGGUAGCUGUAGCUCAUCAAACUAACUUGGGAACUAAAAUGCCUAAUGUCCACACCCUACAGGGUCACAUUGUCCCAGCAGAAAGUUAUACCGCGCAACUACAAAUGGCUCCUUCAAGUUCUUUAAGAAGUUCUGUAUCUGUUCAAGGAAAUGAGAGAAUGAACCCUUCGCUAUUAGAUGCACAGCAGUAUGUGUCUCCUGAGCUGACAUACCCAGAUUACAGGCCACUUCCAAAGCAGUACUCCCAUUCUACUCCACAGGCCGUAGUACAAGAACCCAGUAUUCAGAAACUAACCCCUACGCCAUCUACAUCAUUGCAAGUUCAAAACAGCCUGCUUCCAGUUCCUACACAGACUAUACAGCCAAUGGAGACUGUAGCUAUAACAACCUACCAGUGUACUGCAGAGAAAAGACCCCUGCCCCCACCCUACCAACGUCAUUACAGAAUCCAGCCUCUUCCUAGAGCUCAGCCUGUUAAUAAACAAUUGUCCUCAGUGGACGUCUCCCCAAAUCCAGACGUCGCCUCCUAUGGAAAUGGGAAAGACUUAUGUAAAGGCCUUCCUCAGCAGUGGCAAAGCACUAAUGAAAAUAGACACACACAUGAGAAAUUAUAUAAUUGGCAAGUAAAUAUCAAUGUCAAGCAGCCUUUUAAUGAGCCAGUGGAAUCUGUGGUUAGUAUGCAGACGCUCCCUGCAAGUAAUCAAGGGCGAAUGGAUUCUUACAUCCCAACUUCAGGUCAAAUAUUGAACUCCAAUGAUGUCACAAAAGAAAAAAUUGUGCGGGAUUUUAAAUCACUGGUAGAAAUAAAAAGGAAGUUUUCAGAACUUGCAAGGAAAAUUAAAAUUAAUAGACAUCUUUUGAAGGCAGCAAGUAGUAAAACUGAGAAUACCAUGUACACUGGGCCACCUCGGCCUUCUGAAUUGUCUGCCAGAGCCAUGCCUGCUAAAAGUGAUGGCAACUGUUCCAUGGAACUGCUAGCCACGUGCCUUUCUCUUUGGCAAAAGUCACCUGCACAAGCAACAGAUGAAAGUGCUUCAAAGCUUUCCAUGGAAAACCAGAGUGUUGUACCCACCACAAGCACAGCAGUUGGAGUCUCCGAGCCUGUGAAAGAAGUUCCUGGGAAGAGGCUUGCUUUGGUUGAGGGAAAUUCUCACAACAAAAUGACCAGCCCUUCCCAAGUGACAGCUUUGUCCUUGGUCAUGACCCCGAGCUUUGAGUCCCCUGCUGUAAACACAAAGGGAACAGAACCUCAGGUUGCAGUGGUUUCACCCUUAAUUCUUAGUCAGGACAAAAACUUGUCUGUCAGAGGAGUGGCACUGGAAUCCCCAAGCGAGCCAGUCUAUCCAGUUAUUAAAGAAGGAAGCAUCUGUAGCUUACAAGAUCAACUAGCACAGAAUACAAGAAUACCUGCUGUUACACAUGUUGAUGUGAGUGGUUCAGGAGCAAGUGGAUUGAGCAGACAUUUCUCACUUGAGAAGGAAAAGCAGAAUGAAACAGGUAGUGGGAAGUCACAAGACCCACCUAAUACUGAUCUGAGUAAACUCUCACAAAUUGAGAAGGAAAGGCAGAAUGAACCAGGUAUUGCAAAUUCAGGAGACCCACUCAAUGCUGAUUUGAGCAAACUUCUUUCAUUUAUUGAGAUGGAAAAGCAGAAUGAUCAAGGUGUUGGGAAUUCAAAAGAACAACUUAAAGCCGAUCUAGGAAAGCAGUCUCCUAUGGGUGAUCAGCAAACUUUGUGUAAAUCAAAGCACAGUUCUUUUGUGAGUUGUGAUAUGUUACAGAUUGGAAAUAUUUGUUCUCUUGUUGAAGGUAAUGUAGCUUAUGAUUCCCAAAUAGCAAACAUGUUCAAAUCUUCCCAUUUGAAAAAGAUUGAGGCACAUGAAAUUUCUCCACCCUGUCCACAAAUAAUCAAUUGUGAACAGCAAAAAGUACAUCAUGCCUGUGAGAAGAAAAACUUUGAUUUCCAAAAAGAGCAGUUUGUACCCAGCUCAGAUAAUCUUCAUCAAAUAACUGACCAAUCAAAGUCUCAAGAGCCAUCACCUGGUCAGAAUGGUGAUGCAAACAGAAAAGCUGAAGAGAAAAACGUGGACUGUACUACUCAGGAAGGCCCACCUCAGGACAUGUGUUACUCAUCUCCUAUUCAGCCAAAUACUUCUUCUCAGGAAACCCUUGCAUCUGGCAGUAAUAUUGCCAAAGAUCCCACAAUACACGAGAGUUUCGAUGAUUCUGUCUCGUACCUGCAAGACCAACUAUCCGAACUUUUAAAAGAGUUUCCCUAUGGCAUUGAAGCCAUGGACACACACAAAGGGUUUGUGGACCAACAAAAGACAGCACAAGUCUCAGACAAUCAGAAUGUCAGUAAAAUGGCUUCUUGCCCUAAGGAGUCUACAGAUCAAAUACAGAUAACCAUCUUAAGCUCAGAGCAGAUGAAAGAGAUAUUUCCUGAAGAACAAGGUCAACAUUGUGUAGUUGAAAAAUUAGAAGAACCUCAGAAAGAAAAGUCUUUAUCACAGGCAGAGAACCAAUGUGCCUCAGCAGCACCCAUGGGAGAAAAAAGUUGUGAAAAUAGGAUGAACAAAUUAGAAGAAGACAAAGUCCACUGCUGUGCUCUUGGCUGGCUCUCAGAACUUUAUGAAGGAGUGCCCCAUUGUCAAUGUAAAGACAGUGAGAGCCCCACUAAACAGGAAGAUGAGGGGAAAGGUCAGUGUUCACCUUCGAGAAUUAGCACCUGUAAAGAAGGGGAGAGGGCCCCUGAUGAAGAUGUCACUAUUAUUGAAUGUAUUAGUGUUUCAAAUAAGUCUAAGACUCCUCUCACUCCAAAGCCUCAGAAAAGUCAUCUUCUUGAAUUACUCAGCAAUGGACAAAAAGACACGUCCAGAAUAAAAAAGAGCCCACAGAGGACAGCAAAAGAAUUACCUGAUCACGUUUCUUCCAGGUGUGAUGGUGACAAUCAAAAGCAUGCAACAAAGAAACAGGACAGCUCAGUAAAGAUGAGACCAGAAAGGACUGAUCACUCUUCAUCUAAAGAUGACAAAUUAGAUCCCUUGCAAGGUCAGACAAGAAAAGUAAAAUGGAAAUUCCAUAACAGCACUGUUAACACCCAUGGUAAAGUGAUAAGCUGUAAUGGGCCAGGUUUGCAGGAAAAGCUACCAAAGAACCACACCCCACAAGCCUCACAGACAGCUCCCGCCCUGAGUAAUCCACAGAAACCAAACAGUUCCUCGGUGCAAUCCACAGCACCAUCAGAAAAACUAAAGUUCCGUGCUGGUGGUUCUAAAGUAAAAUAUCUGGAGAAAAGGAAGUUAAACCCAGGAAGCACAUCGGAUCUGGAAAGAAAGAAAAAAAAAGUGGAUCACCAGGAGCAUGGCCAUAAUGUGGAAAGUUCACCAAAAUUAGGUAAUGUUUUAUCAAGCCAAAACAAAAAGGCCAGUGAGCAAGAGAAGGAAUCCAAUCCAAUGUCCUCGAAAAGUAGAGUCAUCACAGUGCAGGAGUAUUUGAAAAGGCAGAAACAGAAACAGAUGAUGGAGGGUAAGUCCUCCAAGAAAACUUGUGUGGAAGGCGCACCAUCUGAUCCUCAAGCUUCGAGGUCCAGUAAAUGCUCCAUGCAAGAAGGGGGCAGUGAGAAACCAAGUGAGAGUUGCGACAGUCUUUCCAAAGAGCUGGUCAAUAUUUUGCCAAGUCAGGAUAACCUUAAGAUCCACCAUCCCCCUAAGGAGUUGAAAAGACAAAUCUCAAGAAAUGUAAAAGAAAAAGUUGCUGGGAAGGAGCUCGACAAAACAUGUCUUGAUAAAAAUAAAUUAGAAAAUACCUUGAGCAUUAGAAGUAAGGAAGCAAGGGCCAGCCCAAGGACUCUGCAAGUAAAGGAUCGGGGGAAAAGGUACCUGAACCGCGUGGCGUAUAAUUGCACAGAGGGAGAAAGCAUUUGUCUCACCAAAUUGGACAGCCUGCCACAGAAGCACCCUAAAGACAAGCUGAUUCAGGAACCCAAACCAAAGGCUCUCUUUCCUGGAAAAUCUAGCGUGUUGGAGUUUAAAUUAGGCCCAGAUUUGCUGUUAAAGAAUACAAGCUCUGCUGAGGAACACAAAGACUUGAAUGCCUGUCCUAGGAAAGAGCAGGCCCCUGUGCAAGGUCCAGUAUGA